UUCGUGUGCAUAAAACAAAGACAUGGAUUUUUUUUGAAACACAAACAAAUGGCGAGCACUCUGCUGUCCGUACACCGCUUUCUUCCCUCCCAGAAGAGGGAAAAUGUCGGUUACAUGAGUGCUUUCAGAGCUUCGUUUCGUGGCCAAGCUCUGUGCAAUUCAAGUUUCUGUGGAAGACAAAUAGCUAAAAGCCAUGGAAAACGUCUUGUUGUUCACUCACUGUUUGGAAGGCAGGUGAGGUCCGUGAAGAAAAGAGAGACAGUGAUUCCCGAACCAGAUUACAGGAUUUCAAUUGUGCUACUCGGUAUUGCUGGUGGGUUGACUUACACAGAUAAUCUAGUACCUGCAGUACCUGUUGGUCUCCUUGGAUUGCUUCUGUUGUUCCAGACUACCAGAGUGAGAUUUGUCUUUGAAGAUGAUGCCCUGGAGGUAAGGAUAGGUGAAAAGCUCCAGGAAUCAGGUGAGAAUGUUUUUGUUGGAGGAGAAAACCGCUGGAAGUACUCAACAUUUGUUAAUUGGGAAUUCUGGUGGCCGAACUUCCCUGUCUUGGUUUACUUCAAGGAGACGCAAACAAAGCCCGAAGGACAAAUCCAUUUCUUUCCCAUAAUCUUUAAUGGUAAGCAGCUUUAUGAGGUCAUGGUGCAAAGAGCUGGCCCUUCAAAAACUAGUGGACCAAAGGAAUCCUAAGGACUGAGCUGUUGUGGUUAGAGCCCCAGUGGGGUGUCUUGGAUGCCAUUGAAAUCGAGGGAGCCCCGGAAAAGAGAUUUUUUAUGUUGAAAUUGCUAUUUGUUUGUGGUAGUGUGCUGAGAUGAGGAAACACUGUUCUCGCUGUUUAAAGAAGCAGGAAAGCUUUAUUUAAACAAAUAAUUCAGAUGUAGUUUCCUCAGCAACAAAAAAAUAUAAUUCAAUUAUUUUGAA